AUGUCAUCCUCUCUAAUCACGACUGGUCUACCACAAGCACCACCACCCCCGGUAACCGGGCUCAGAGCAGGCAUAGCAAUCUACGCCCAAGUAGAUGCACGACGUAACCGCCCGCGGGCUCCGCACUGGGCACUUGUCCUCCACCCAACUACAUUCUCUGCGUCCGACGUACGCGUGUACCACAUCCGCGGGCGGAACGGUGUGUGGACCCUGGGACAUGAAGUGUGCGAGCUGAAGGCACUGGGCGACUUGGUCGGCGUGAUUUGUUUCGGCGACGUGGCCGACAAGAAUUCGGGCUCAAAAGCAGGACGGCAGGAAGGUGGUUCAGGCUUGAACUUGGACGACCAUAGUUUGGACACGCUCGACGCGUAUCUCAAAACACUGCCUCCAACGCGCAAUGGCCGUGACCCCAGUGGGCUGUUCAUAUGGACGUGUGAGGCAUACGUCAUACGUGCUGUGGUGGACCUCGAAGAAGCUGGGUUGGUGAACAAGUUGCCGUGUCGGCCUGGCGACAUGUACGAUUGGACGAAGAAGAGGAUCGAGGUGCUGAAGAAGAUUAAGGAGAAGGGUGUCGCUGGCGAGGAAGGAGAGAAUGACGCCGGCGUCUGCGUCGUUCCCUUUGCUGAAAAAUAA